GUGCCCGGAAAUCUUUCCCUCACACCCUCGUAAUCCCCAGAAACAAACAGUCCAGCCGCCGCCGUUCGACUAACUCGGUUCGUCUCAGAGUCCAAAAGCAUGCACCACACACUCUUUGCUGUAGUUUUCGUCUUCCUUUUCGCGAGCAUUACCGCAAGGGAAUACUACCCGAAAGGUUCCACAUGGCUUCUCAUGAAAGGCAUGGAUGCCCCGAUCCAAGAUUCACUUAAGCUUCCUGCAGCAGCUCCGGAUUCGACUAGCAACCCUUCUGUUCACCCUACCGCGGAAGAUUCGAACACUCAGCCCGAUACAACGGUGCCCGUUGAGGCCAACAACACUUCCAGCGACCGAACUAAAGCAGACCCUACUCAUCCCAGGAACAUUACAACUCCCCCAACUGAACCGCCUGCUAGCAAUCAUAAUUCCACUGCCCCUGCCAACAACGACGGUCCCGCCACCUCGCUCCCAGAUGUUCCUGCGCCCGAACAAAUUGUUAACAGCACCUGUCACAACAGCUCGACAGGAAAGAAUGUAACAUUUUCUGACAGAGCUUGCUGGUACGCUGCUAAAGCCUUGGCUGAGGCCGGUAGCUCAUAUGCUCAAUGCGGAACUUGUGUGCUCGGCUUGUUUGAUGCAGACAAGAAGGUAGCCUUCAAACCACCCAGUUCGAUUCCUGCUGCAAUUGUUCAAGAGCAAGCCAUGAAGCUCUUGCAUGAGUGCAAGGGCAGCUUGUCGAAGGUGUCGAAGCGUGAUACGGCUCCGAGUUCUGCAAACAAUAAUACUGCAAACGUCCAACUGCUUAUGGGGUUUAACGAAAAGCCCAAAGACUGCCCGGGCCUCUAAAUCUACAUUUUUGACAGUGUCUCCGUUCCAGUCGACCCGAUAGUUUCCAUCCCUCCUUGCUUAGCUUUUUCUCCACAUUCCUUCUUAGCUCGCGUGUGUUUAGUCGACAUGUUUCAAACUCCAAGUUUUAUUCAUUGAAUCAGUAGUGGUGCAGUGACGCUUUUUCCGUUAUUUACUGACAACUAUUUAUAAGAGAAAAUUUGUGGUGAGCAAGCAGAGGCAAAUCCGGUGCUUCAUGUGCAACUUUCACCUUUUGUACCAGUGUUGUUACUCUUAAUUCAUGAUACAAAGUUCCUCCUCAUUUGUCACAAACAAUAAGUUCAGACUGGUCCAAUACAUUCUGUGGGCUGCAAACAACAAUUCUCGACCAGUGGGCAACGAAGACCCAAA